AUGAUGCUACCAUUACAAUCUCUUAGCUCGAUCUUGCUAGCCUCGAGCUUGCUUUUCAGCGGAGUUCAAGGAAUAUUCGAUAAAAGAGAAGUCAUCGGCUAUCGAGUCGUUGCCGACUCGCAGGCCCAGAUUUUCAAUGAAAAUAAUAGGCCUCAUAGAAAUAAGAUGUACGAUGGAGAAGAGUUCCGUCGCUAUUUAACCACGGGCUUUUACUUGUCAAACGAUCCGAACAGGUGGGAGGCGGGAGGUGGCGAAUCGUAUUGUGUUAUUAAAGCGAAUAGUAAAAAGCUUAAAGAGUUCAGCAAAGUAUGGAUCCCCGAGCAAAAACCUCCUACAGACGAAGAGAGACAUCGAGGGAAAGUGGUAUAUGACCCAACUUGGUUCCGUAAAGAUGAUGCUCUCUUGGAAUUUAUUCGUUCGAAAGUGCCAGAAAACCCGGAGAAGGCAUUACGCUUUUUAUAUGUUAUAGGAUCCGAUACGGAGCUGCAAAUGGCUAUCCCAACUGAUGUAGUAAACGACAAUGAAUUAGAUCUAUGGACUCACUGCUGGAAAUCAAAAGACGAUAUACGAAAAUUCAAGACCGUUAACUGGAUGAAAUGGGAUGUCAUUGGAAAACCUGGAUCUGAAAAUAAGAGCUGGCAUCAGUCGCUCAAGGAUUGGUGGCGUUCGGUGUGA